CGCGCAGUUGGUAGGGCGGCCACUAUGGCGGCGGCGCAGAAGGUUGGGGUCUUCCUCAUCAUCAUUCUCCUCCUCCUCCUGCCGCCGCUGCGGGUAGCAGAGCCGAGCGCGGAGGCCGCAGGCAGCGUGGCGGGCCCCGCGGCGCCACCGGAGACGGGCCCUGCCGCCCGGGCGCGGCCCCGCAGCGCGCCGGCCCCGGUCACGGACGUUGCCAAGCUGUGUGUUUGUGAUCUGUUGGUGGCACAGUGUGAUGUAAAUUGCUGCUGUGACCCUGAUUGCAGUGCAGAUGAUUUCAGUCUCUUUACUACAUGUUCAGUUCCUAUUGUCACAGGUGACAGCCGUCUGUGUAGUCAGAAAGCUGCUGUAUAUUCACUUGAUGUUGAAGCAAAUCCACCAGAAAGGAUAUUUAAAUUAAUUGACCAAGUCAAUCCCAGUGUCUUCUGCAUUCAUGCUACAAACUAUGAACAAGCACUUUCCUUCAGUUCCCCUGAAAUGCCUACUUCUGAAAAUUUUGAUCAAUUGCUUAAACGGUUUGGAAGUGCUGCUUUCAGUGCUGAGCUUGACAACUGGAAUAUGAACACAGACGCUCAAAAUCCUUCUGAUGUAAAUGAAACUUACAGAUAUGAGUAUGGUGUUCCUAUACAGACAGUGGAUGCAUUUCUAAGACUGCCUAGUCCGGUUGUCUCUUCUUGGUGCUCUGAUGCAAAUCCUGCAGGAUUUUUAGUAAACCAGGCUACAAAAUGCACUAGAUCAGUAAGUGUGGAAAAAUGUGACAACAUUCAAGCAGUUAGCAUGCUGUUCUACAUCAGCUCCAGCAUUUUAGCAGUGCCCAAAUCAAGUCACAUGAUUAAUAUUACUGUCCAGUCCAUAGUUGUCCAGUCUCUGAAUGGAAUGCGGACUUUACUUAAUAGUAGCGAUGCCCUCAGGCUCCCUAUGAUUUCGGAUGAACUAUGCAUAAAUAUAGUUCAUGGGGUGAGCUAUCACAUUACAUACACAGACACAGGAGAAAUAAUAGAAGCAGCUGCUUCUUUUGUUUUGGGGGUAAUUAACAAAGAAGUACUUUCAAUACAGCAGAGCUUUGAAAUCAGCUUUACUCAGGUCAAUACAAAGCCAGUUCCCCUCAGUGGUAAUCCUGGUUAUGUUGUUGGACUGCCUAUAAGAGCGGGCUUCCGGCCACAAGGAUCUGGCAUCAUUCAGAACAUGAACAAAUACGGUCAACUUACCAUUCUGCAAAGUACAUCCCACCAGGACUGUCUGGCAGCACAGGGAGCCAGAAUCCCAAUAUUAUUUGGUUAUAACAUGAUAUCAGGCUGUAAGUUACGAAUUACAGCAACUAUGAAAUGCCAGCCUUUGGCUCAAACCCUUCUAGAUUUACUGAAGGGACAGAGCUUCCCUGAAUAUGUGGCCUCAUUUGGAAAUUCUCAAGCCCAGGAUGUGCUCGACUGGGUGCCGAUAACUCAUCUCCACACCUCAGAACAGAGCUCAUGCCAAAUACCAGUAUCGCUUGAAAUAGAAGUGAAGUGGACUAAAUAUGGAUCCCUAGUCAAUCCACAAGCCAGAAUAGUGAAUGUUACAGCUACAAUCACUACCACCACAUUGAAGCAGCUUCCCUCAGGAAGGGAAAAGACUAUUCCUAUGACAAGUUCUGUUGUUUUCACUGAUAUUUCUUCACCUGCAGAGCCAGGCUAUAAAGCUUGGCCCACCAUUAAUGUCAAGUUACCCUUUGAUUUUUUCUUUCCAUUUGUCUAAGAUGAAUAAACUAGCUUUUUUUUCAAGCCAUUCGUUAAUUACUUUUCUUUAAAAAUCCAGUUAAGUUAAACUUUCAGAAAAGUUCAAUGACCCUUCCAGCUGACUGUGGCUGAAAUCAAUUGGAGACACCUACUACAGUCAACACCUUUCAAAAUUCCCACUUACUGAAUCUCACUCUUCAGCUGUAAAAUAGUCUAUCCACAGGGACCUUCCAAUACCUGGAAAAGUUCCCAUUGUGUCAGACACCAGCCUGGUUCUUUUAGUACAGAAUUUCUAAUGGCUUUUCUGGAGUCUUAACUGUCCCCAGCAGUCCACUCACCUGCAUCUGUUCUUACAUAUUCUAUUUCUUUCAUUGUAUUGAUUUAUGAGCUGUGGAAACAAAAAUUUCAUAGCCCAGUGGGCUGCAAAUGAACAACUUAAAAUGGAAGAGAUGAGAGAAAGCAGUAUCAGAACUCAAAUCUGCUGCUGAGAACAAGGCAUUGUUUGACGUAAGAUGGCACAUGUUUGCCUCUAUUUUGGUGCCGACUCAAUUGUCAACUAAAGGAGUGGUAUGUUGGUAUUUUUGAAGUGAAUGUUAUAUAAAUAAAAGUGGCACAAGCAGCAACAGAAAUGAGGAAACUACCAACAAUAUGAAAAGAAUGGUUGGCAAAGAAGAGAUUUACUAAUGAUGAACAGUCAACUUGUGGAGAAGAAAUGACCUUUUUGGCCUGAGUUCUUCUCAUUUGAACUGCAAGUUUCUACAGGGUGUUGCAAACAAAGAACAUUAUCAUAGAAAAAUGAAAUUAUUUAAAAUAAGUGGUACUUUUGUGGAUGUAUAGCUUGCAAAAGUGUGUCUUUAUUAAAUUAUUUUGCGUGACUGUA